GAUCGCUCCACGGCGUCCCGAGACGCGCUCAGUGCGUCCUGGGACGCACCGGAACGGCCGCGUUGCCCGGUGCGCUCUCUGGACCCGCCGGCUCGGCGUUGCUCGAGCGGAUCCUCAUCCGAGGUUGCUCUCAUCCUGCCUUCGCCUUGGGGAGGUACAGGGGCCCCGCCGCGCUCUUGCUCGAGAUACUGGCGCGCGGCGGGCCGAUGCGGUGGCAGGACGCGUGCGGCUGCGGCUGCUGUUGCCCGCGCGCUGGCUUCGGCUUUGGGCUGGCGGUCGUGGUCGGCGUGCUGUCGGUGGCCCAGCGCAGCAAGCUGGUGCUGCAUUGCGCGCACGUGGUCAGGGACCUCGCUUGGUCCAGGGGAGGCACUGCGGUGCACAGGCUCUUGGGCGGGUCGUCGCUGUACGUGUACUUCGCGGCCGGGUCCAGAUGGCCACUGCCAGAGGUGAGGCGCCCCGCGAGGCGCCAGCUCCUCAUCACGCGCACAAGCUACUACGGGGGCGAGCGCCUGAGGGACCUGCCAGCGGUGAACCUCGGCGGGGGGGUCCCGACGAGGGAGUACGCCCAUGUCGUGGUGCAGCCCAGGGUGACGUACCAGACGUGGAUGGGUUUCGGAGGCUCUUUCACGGAGUCCUCGGCUGACCUUUUCGCCAGCGCUAGCCUCGAGAACCAGAAGCUCAUCAUGGAUGCCUACUUCGACGAGCACCUUGGCCUGGGGUACACUCUGGGCCGGUUGCACAUGAACUCUUGCGAUUUCUCCGGCAGUUCGUGGAGUUGCGAUGAUUCGCCAGACGACAUCCAGCUGGUCAAUUUUAGUAUCCAGCGCUACCAUAGGUCGAUUCUGCCCAUGGUGCGCCGGGCGGCCGAAUGCGCGGGCAGAAACCUCACGCUGAUCGCCAGCCCAUGGAGCCCUCCGGCAUGGAUGAAGGACACGGGCCGCAUGGUUCACGGCGGCAGCCUCUUGUGGAAGCACCACAGCACUUGGGCACGAUUCUUUGUCCGAUUCGCAUUGGAGAUGAAGCUCGCCGGGGUGCCCCUUUGGGGUUUUACUGUCCAGAAUGAGCCAGACGCAGUGACGCCUUGGGAGAACUGCUACUUCUCGCCUAGAGACGAGCUCGAGUUCAUCCGCGACUUCCUGGGGCCAGCCCUGGAGGCGAGCAAGCUGGACCUGCGGCUGCUGUUCUGGGACCACAACAGGGAUAAUAUGUUGUUGCGCGCCCAGACUAUCUAUGCGGACCCACGCGCAGCCGAAUAUGUGUGGGGCAUUGGCUACCACUGGUAUGGCGACCCCAGACAUGAGAUCUGGCCCGACCGGUCGGGGCAGGUGAGCUGGGACAACGUGCAGCGUGUGCACGAGUUAAGGCCAGACAAGCACAUCAUAAUGACCGAAGCCUCGCAGGAGUUCGGCCCCAGGAUCGGCGAUUGGGCGACAGGCGAGCGGUAUGCGGAAGCGCUCAUCCGCGACAUGAACCAUUGGCUGGAGGCGUGGAUCGAUUGGAAUUUGGUGUUGGACGAGACAGGUGGGCCGAACCACGUGGGCAACUUGGUGUCUGCGCCGGUCAUUCUGGAUACAGCGCGCGGGCAGGUUUUGCAUUUGCCAUCCUAUUAUUAUUUGGCGCAUUUCUCGCGGUACAUCAGGCCUGGGGCGAAGCGCAUUGCUGUGGGCACUAACCGGGACACCUUGGAGGCGACUGCGUUUAUCAACCCCGAUGGCGUUAUUGUUGUGGUCGUGCUGAAUAGGAGCAUCUGGCCAUCGGAGUUCCUUUUGUUGUUCCCGAGCAUGAUGUCCGAAGUGAGCGUACGGCUCAAUGCACCCGCACAUUCAAUACAGACAUUGAGACUGGUCGACGAGCCAAGGUAGCCAAAAAUGGCCAAAGAGAGGUGGUUCAAGCCAAUACGGGCCAAGCCAGUGGGCCACCGCGCCAGGGAUCUGGCAGUGUCUGCGAAAGAUUGAUGGCCUGCCGCCAGCGGCGUGUGAUUUUGUGGGCGCUGUGCGCAGCGGGGUUGCCGCCAGGCGCACGCCUGGGAUGCUGCAGGCGCCCGUGGAGGCUGCGUUUCCCUGCGGCCAACGGCGCGGGAAGUCGUGGGCAUUGUGCGCGGCGACUUCACCGCCAGGUGCACGCUUAGAUGCUGCAGGCGCCCGUGGCGGCUGCGCUUCAGCGGGGGGCGCACCAGCGCAACUUGCCAACGUGCCCAGCCGCGCCGCGAGAGCUCGGCCGGCGGCAGCGCUCGACGGUUUGCAGGAGACCUCUGCGGAUGUGGGCGUCCAGGGAGUCCCGCAGGCUGAGACGCCGCUGAGGGGCUUGGGCCGCCAGGGCCAAGCACUGCGCCCAAGCAAGCAGCCAAGGUGCGGCCCAGCGCCGAGCACAGGGACGUAGCGGCUGCGCGUCGAGAUCUGUAAGGCCGUAGCGGGGAAGGCGGACGGCAGGGUCGUGCACGUGGUGGACGACGGCGAGGUGCCCAAUAGCGAGCCGGAGUGGGGCUCAAAUGAGGCAGGGGCAUAGGCUGAGCGAUUCGCCCAGGAGGCGGCCGCCGACAGGUUGGAGGCCAAGCGCCAGUCUGGUGCCGAGCGCUGGGCCCUGAGCAGGACGUGCGAAUGGCCCACCGCUCGCCCCGUGGUGCGCAUGGCGCUUCGCCGAGCUGCGACACCUGGGAAGGUCUUGAGUCGGUGGAGCUGCGCCAGCUCGUGGCCGAGAUCAGCGCAGAGUGUACGGUCGUGGCCGCGCAGCGCAGCGCGAUACCGAGGCUGUUGACGCUACGGCGGAGCAUCCGAGCAGACGCCUGCCCGAGCUGCCACGCAGAGGCGUGGGCGCCAGGCCAAAGCCGAGAACGACCAAACGGGCGCGCGCAGCGCGGGGUGCAUCUUCUGAUGUGUUGUCGGCUUCAGCGGCAAGCUUCGCGCAACGACGUUCGGUUGCACUUCGAACGCUCACUGGUGUUUUCGCAACGGCGCCAGUUGCUUGCAGAGGCCGCUUGGCACGACGGCCUUCGAUGAUGUGUAAGGUGGUUGAUGGAAGUUUCGCGCGUCAUGGCGGCACUUGGUUCCACCAUGAUUGUACAUCCGAUCGUUAGUAGCGUAAUACCUUGAUUACAGCAGCAACCCUUGUUUGAUCAAAGUUGGUUGUGUUGCGCACAAACUUUUGCGCGGUGGCUCAGGGUGGUUCCUUAGACAUUUUGGAGCACCAUUGGCGUUCAAUGAUGUCAGGGGACUGAUGUUCACUGGAUUGGUGAGCGUUGGCCGUCCAGGCUGUUACGGCAUGUGCCUUGCUUGCGACGCUCUGGCCCAGGGCAUACAUACGAUUUGGUCGUAUAUAUGAGCACCU